CUGGUCCUCGACAACAGUCCCUGUUUCUCAUGUGGCCCCUUGGAAAAAAAAUAAAUGCCCACCCUUGUUCCAAGCCUGAUGACUUUUGAGUCAGGCUUUUUCCGGGACUACUAUUUCAGCCGAUGUGGUCCGUUUACGUCAAACAACCAACGCCGCUGGUUACCGUUAGCAUUCGUUAGCUAACGUGCAUGCUGCGCGCAUCUGACCGGUGACUGACGGGUAACUUUAAGGUGGAGGUGUCUAAAACCAGACUGCAUUGACCUUCUCAGGGGUUUAUUUGAGUAGAUGUUUUGAAGGGGGUGAAUCUCCGCGUUAAUUGAACAUGUGGAGCUCAGGCCGCCGUGUCCUUCAGGACCUGUUCAGCCAGCCGGCUGUCAGGAGCUUCUCUCGGACUCCUACUCAGAACACAGUGGUGGUGGAGCGCUGGUGGCAGGUGCCCUUAUCUAAAGUAGGCAGUCCGCCGAGGCUUCACCCCCGAAGACAUCGAAUCUACAAGUUGGUUGAAGACACCAAACUUGCUCCCAAGGAGAAGAUGGAGCUCAUCCUGACUCAGACCGUACCCAAGCUUGGUGGGCGAGGAGACACUGUGUUUGUGAAAAAGUCUGUCGGAAGAAAUAAGCUGCUGCCCCAAGGCCUCGGCGUGUAUCCAUCGCCAGAGAACAAACAGAUGUUUGCAGAGGAGUUACGGCUUCUGCGUGAGGGGACGCCAGAGGAAAGAAUACAAACACGCACUGGACAAUUGACAGUGGAGCUCCUGAAACGCUCCAAGUUAAAGAUAAACCAAAUGCCUUCGGAGGAAUUCCAGGUCAAUAAGGAGGUUGUCUGCAGACAGUUUCAGAAGAAGCUGGGAGUUGUGAUUCCACCUCGUGUAUUGAGUUUCCCUUUUGAGUCAGUCAAGGACUUGGGUGACUACUGGUGUGAAGUUACGGUUAAUGGAUUGGACAAAGUUCGCAUCCCCAUUUCCCUGGUGCCGUAUGAGGACCCGUCUGCUCGUUAUCAGCAGCAACUGAAAGCACAAAUGCAGCAGGCGGCUGCAGAUAUCUCAGAACCUGCUGCUGAGGAGGACAAGGACGCUGCUGUGAAGACAGUUUCUCACGCUGCAGUGGAAGCUGAAGCGGGUAAAGACUCUGAGAGUCGAGUCGUCAGCGAAGCUGCAGAAGAGGAAACGUCAGCGAGUACACAGACAAGUCAAGACACAACGGCACCCCCCAGUGACAACUCGAAAAAAGAUUAAAGGACUACAAAUGAAGACGUGCGUAGAACUACAAUGGAUAUUGUUUACUUGUAAUACACAAUAGACAUGAAUCAAA